GUCCUUACGGCUCUCCGUCCUACGUCACUGAAUGUUGACGUGUGGAUAACCUGUGUCGUUAGCAGCACAGUGGUGGAUAGUUGAUUAAAGUACAAGACAACUGACUGUAACUAUAAACGUAUAAAGAGCAACAAUGGCGGCGGACUGGGAGGAGAUUCGUCGUCUUGCUGCAGACUUUCAGAGAGCGCAGUUUACUGACACAAUUCAAAGGCUGUCUGAGAGGAAUUGUAUUGAAAUCAUCACGAAGCUGGUGCAGGACAAGAAGCUGGAUGUGGUGCACACACUGGACGGGAAAGAGUUCAUAACUCCUGCACAGAUCAGCAGAGAGAUCCGAGACGAACUCUACGUGCAUGGAGGGCGGAUCAACAUUGUGGACCUCCAGCAGAUUAUCAACGUGGAUUGGGUCCAUGUGGAAAGUAGAGCAAACGACAUCGUCAAGUCUGACAAAGGGGUUCAGCUCGUACUGGGACAACUUGUUGAUAAUACGUACCUGGACCGGCUGGCUGAGGAGGUGAACGACAAACUGCAGGAGGCCGGUCUGAUCAGUAUAUCAGAGCUGUGUAAGAGCUACGACCUCCCCGGAGACUUCUUAUCCGAGGAGCUGUCAAAGCGCCUCGGGAAGCUCAUCCAGGGAGAGAUGGACCAGUACAAUAGAGGGGUCAUAUUUACUCCAGCUUUUGUUGCUCGCCACAAGGCCAGGAUACGGGGGCUUUUCAGCGCCAUCACGAGACCGACCCCCGUGAGCAGCAUGAUCGGAACGUUUGGAUUCCAGGAGCAUCUUCUCUACUCCGUCCUGGAGGAGUUGGUGAACACUGGACGCCUCAAAGGAAGUGUGGUUGGAGGUCGACAGGACAAAGCGGUGUACAUCCCUGACAUUUACUCUAAAACACAAAACACCUGGGUGGACUCCUUCCUGCAGCAGAACGGAUACUUAGAGUUUGAUUCGUUGGUCAGACUAGGGAUCCCGGACCCCCCCAGCUACAUCAAGAAGCGCUUCAAGGCCAACAAGCUGCUGUUCCUCCGAGCCGCCUGCGUGGGUCAGACUCUGGUGGACCAGGUGGAAGCAUCUGUGGAGGAAGCAGUCAACUCCUCCACGUGGACUGACAUACAGCCGAUUCUGCCCAGCUGCCUUUCAGCCGAGGACGUGGGGAUACUGAUAAACCAGGCUAUGAGAAACACGAAUGUUCAGACGGCAGCCCGAGUGCUGGGAGGGACGGUGGUCGUCAGCGAGAAGUUCAUCAGUAACUGUCUGUCUGUGUUUGAUGAAGGCAUGCAGCAGAAGGCUCAGAAGGAGGUGAAGAACAAUCCAGUGUUUUUGAUAUCUGAAGACGAUCUGAAGCAGUCGUCCAUGCUGACGGAGAGCUCAGCACUUUCUAAAAAGGAGAAGAGAGAAGCAGAGCGCAGGAAGAAGGCUACAGAGGGCAGCGGCAGCGUUAAAUCAGGCGGGGGAGGAAACGCCAGGGAGUACCGGAUCCGUAAAACCAAGAAGAAAGGGAGGAAGGACGAAGACAGUGACGAGGAGACGGGACCUUCACAGCAAAAUCGCAGCAAACAGACUGCAGCCCCCUUUAUGGGCCAGGAGGAGAUUGUCGCAGUUUUAGAGGAGAGAGUGAGCGACUGCCCCGAAGAAAUCCUCUCAGAGCUGGCAGAGCAUUUAGUCAGGCCUCUGAAUAAAGCCUAUCAGGAGGUGCUGCGAGCCGUGUUCAUGUCCUCCAGUAGCUCUCCGUCAGGGGCCAACAAGAAGAAGAGCAUGAAGGAGCUUCAGGAGGAGAUCACCAACCUCUACAACAACAUCCGACUCUUUGAGAAGGGGACCAAGUUCUUCUCUGAUGAAACUCAGGUCCUGAUUGCCAAACACGUCCUGAAGACCCUGUGCGCAGACGUCACCAACAUCCUGGUGAACUUCCUGGCUGCUGACCUGAUGAUGUCCGUGGAGAAUCCCGGCAGCAUCACCACCGAGGUCAGAGUGAAGAUCGUGGGUAAGCUGUCGGAGGAGACCAGAGGACCUCUCAUGAAGCUGCACAACAGUCUGAACGGCAAAACUAUCGAAGACUUCAUGACCAACAUCGAGAGCUGUGCAGAGGUGUGCGGCUUCAUGCUGAAGAAGGGAGACAAGAAGAAGGAGAGACAGGCGCUGUUCGUGCACCGCCAGGCUCUCACUGAGCAGCUGAAGGAGACGGAGGAUCCCGCUCUGGUCCUCCACCUGACCAGCGUGCUGCUGUUUCAGGCCAGCACCCAGUGCAUGCUGCACGCUCCAGGACGCUGCGUGCCCCAGAUCAUCGGCACCCUCACAGGCCGAAUACCCGCGGAGCAUCAGCAGCUGCUGUCUGCCUACCAGAGCCUAGUGGUGAAGCAGCUGGUGAGCCAGAGUCAGAACAGGAAGCAGGAAGAGGCCGGGGACAACGAGGAGGAGAAGGACGAAGAGGAGGAGGGAGGGAGUGUCCGCAUGCAGCUCAUGAACCUGACCCCACAGGUCAAAGAGCUGGUGCUGUCCCAGAAGAAGGCGUCCGUCACAGAGGAGUGAACGUGGCACAGAGUAGAGGAAUGAAUGUCUUAAAUGUUCAUAUGAAUACUAAUAACUCUGCGAGGUCAGAUGUUAUUACUGUAUUUAUGUGAUGGAUCAGUGUGGACGUAAUUCUAAAUGAUGAAAGUUAAAUUCCUGUGUGGGAUGUCUCCCUCUUAAUCUAAUUUAAGCCAAUUAACCCUCAAUGAGGGUUCGAUAUCCAUGAAUUCAUUAAACUCUCCUCUUCCUCA